AUGCAGAACUACAUCCUCAUCCCUCUGCUGGGAGUAGCGCUUCUCACCCUCUACAAGAUUCUCAAUAUCAUUGUCACCAGAGUCCAGAAUGCCUCGAGAUCACGCCAGCUUGGAUGCCAGGACCCACCAAUGUUUCCCAACUGCGGCUUUCUGGGUCUCAAACAUGUCAAGCUGCUCCAGGCCGCCGAUGAGAAGAACAUGUUUCCUGACUUUCUGGAAGAAAGACAGGAUAUCAUGAACAAGGAAACUGGUCGAGUCUGCUCUACAUUCACGUCGUAUCAGCUUGGUCAGACUAUCUACUUCACAAGCGACCCCGAGAAUAUCAAAGCGAUACUGGCCACACAGUUUGCCGAUUUCGAUCUUGGCCCCAUUCGACAUGCCAUUAUGGGCGAGGUUCUCGGCGAAGGCAUUUUCGUACAAGAUGGUAAGCCGUGGGAGCAUAGCCGGGCAAUGCUGAGACCAAACUUCGCUCGAGAGCAGAUCUCAGACCUCGACAUGGAAGAACGUCACGUACAGAACCUUUUCGCUGCGCUGCCCGCACAAGAAGAUGGCUGGACCGCUUUCACAAACAUCCAGCAACUCUUCUUCCGUUUGACUAUGGAUGCUUCGACCGAACUGCUCUUCGGCGAGUCGGUGGACAGCCAGAUUUCUGAGAACCCGCAUAUCACCAAGAACAAGUCUGCUGCAAAGAGACACGACGAAGCCGCAUUUGCCAUCAAUUUCGACCAGGCACAACUCCACAUGGCCAAGAAGUUCCGCCUCGUGAACUUUCACUGGCUGCAUAACCCGAAAGAAUACCAAGUCAACAACAAAGUAGUCAACGACUUUGUCAAGUACUACGUCGACCUCGCCCUCCAGCAACCUAGCAACGAAAAGCAAGCCGAAGAAGGCGCUCAUCACGGUAAAGAAAAAUUCAUCUUCCUCGAAGCCCUCGCCAAAGAGACCCGCGACCCCGACGAACUCCGCGGCCAACUCUUGAACAUCCUCCUCGCGGGUCGCGACACCACCGCCUCCCUCCUCUCCUGGCUCUUCCACCUCCUCCUCCGCAACCCCCAUGUCUUCUCAACCCUCCGCUCCACGAUCAUCACCACCUUCGGCCCCUACCACUCCCCCACAGCCCCCAUAACCUUCUCCACCCUCAAAUCCUGCCAAUACCUCCAAUCCACCCUCUCCGAAGUCCUCCGCCUGCGAACCAUCGUCCCCGGAAACAGUCGCACCGCAAACAAACCCACCACCCUCCCCCGCGGCGGCGGCCCCGACGGCACAUCCCCCAUCUUCAUCCCCGCCGGCUCCCCAAUCGACUACAGCGUGCACGUCAUGCAUCGCAGAAAAGAUCUCUGGGGUGAGGACGCGCUGGAAUUCAAGCCUGAACGGUUCUCGGGCAGGAAAAGUGGGUGGGAGUUUUUGCCUUUUAAUGGCGGGCCGAGGAUUUGUUUGGGGCAGCAGUUUGCACUUACCGAGGCGGGGUAUGUGGUUGUGAGGGUUUUGCAGAGGUUUGAGGGGAUUGAGGGGAUUGAGGGGGAGGAGGAGGAGGGAGCGGUGCAGACGGAUUUGGGGUUGACGAGUUGUCCGAAGAGGGAGGUUAGGUUGAGGUUGAGGGUUGCGAGGGAGUAUGUAUGA